AUGAAAUUCAAAUCACAGGGCUGUAUUAUCACUCGUAGCUUAAACGCCACUGAUCUUCUCACUGAAUUGAAUCCCAGCGAUCCUAAUGGAUGGUACCUUCUCGAGACAAACUACGAUCAAGAUAAACCAGUAAGUAUUGUAUCUUGA